CGCUCUCUCUCUCUCUCGCGCGCUCAUUCUUUUCUUCACUGUACCGCACUGUGCAGCCACGUCGCAGACACAGACAGCAUCGCAUUUAAAACCUCUUACUCUUUUCUCGAGCCGCCCAACUGGACCGACAACACCGAUAGCAAGUUUAUAUCCUCGUACAAAUAGUCAGAUAUUUGUUUUGGAAAUACUUAUUUUAUAACCUUUAAAACUAGUUAAGGAGAAGUUGAGUUGGGUUCUUCUCGACUGACGGCUGUGGUCAUGGAACCUGAGGAUGUAAAUAUUAGGUCAGCUGAAUAUUGGUUAGGCGAGGAAGACAAUGAGAAGGCAACAUUUGAGAGAAAAGAGGAUGGGGAAGAAUCGCGUAAAGCAGGGAGACCCACAAUCUCCCGCAUUCCUACCUUCCAAAGCUCCCUGACCCGCAAGCGAGUCACCGUCCAGACUGCAGAGUCAUCCACCACACCGAAGAUGGAUGGAUCCAGUCAACAAGGCCAAAAAGAGAGAGCUGACUUUGUAGAAGCUGGAAAAGCGAAAAUGAGAGAAAAAGCGCUGCCCAUCCCAUCAGCUCGUUUGCCCACAAGCAGUGCUGAUGAUAUCUCAGAUCACACCUUCAGUUCUUUAGCUCCGAAAAGAGAUCAUUCCCUUGAUCAAACACCUGAGAUUACAAAGGACUCUGAUCAGGCUGAAGUCCCAUUGCAAAGGCCUUCAAUCAGGAACAUCCAUGAGGCCGCUGUAACCACUGAUCUCAUCGUAGAUCUGGUUUCUGAAUUUGAAACUGCAAGUGAGAAGACCCCUUCAGAAGAUGAACAGAUAUCGGCACAGGAUGCAGUUGUAGAGGAGCUGAGCUCAUGCUCCUCUGUUGAUCAACAUCAGUCCUCUGAUCAAAUUUGUGAAGAUACUUUGGUAAAAGACUUUGAAAAAGGAAGUGUGAAAGAGACAGUAUACCCAUCACAAAUGGUAGAAGAAAUUUGUGUAACAGAGAAUGAUGUCAAACAGUGCUCUGUUCCAGAUAAGGUUGAUGGAUGGACACAUAGAGGUCAAGAUGAAACUGCUAAGACGAUGAAAGCUUCAGCUAGUAAAGACACUUUAAAAUGCUUUAAAGAAACAGGACAGAAAACCAAGACUGCUGAUACUACUCACACAACAUACAGAAAGACCAGAAUAAGCACACCUUCAAAGCAAAGAAAAGGAGGGAGCUUCGCUCUUUUCUUUCUCUUGCCCUCCACACUCCUCCUUUUGGGUGGAUUUGGACUGCACAUCUGGGAGUAUGGAAUCCCUAAAUCUGUGUCACACCUAAUGUCACAACUGGAGCUGCACUGGCUGGAAAGUUUCUGGCUGCCUCAGGAGACAUGCAUCUCUGACUGUAGGCUUACUCUUGUCGAAAGUGUCCCUGAAGGCCUAUACUUCCGCUCUGGCUCACCACACCUACCCAGCAUCUCUGAGACUUGGACUAACCUUCUAAACAGAGCAAACAGCUCUGUCCACAUUGCUGCUUUCUAUUUCACACUCCGAGACUCAGACCUUGGCCUUACAGAGCCUUCGUCUGUGCUGGGCAAAAAAGUGUUCAACCAACUGAAGCAGCUGGAACCAAAAGGAGUGAAGUUGAAGAUUGCUGUGAACGCCCCUCAGCCAUACAUUGCAAACACUGAUGAACUGGUAGCAACAGGGGCUGAGGUCAGGGGGGUUGACCUACAGAGUAUCACUGGGGGCAUUUUGCACACCAAAUUAUGGGUUGUGGAUAAGAAACACAUGUACAUAGGAAGUGCAAACAUGGACUGGCGUUCCCUUACUCAGGUGAAAGAGGUUGGAGUGUCUGUAGAAGACUGCAGCUGUCUAGCACAGGAUGCUUCACGGAUAUUUGACAUUUACUGGGAGAUUGGAGCUCAGAAGAAUGGAUCUCUACCUCCUUUCUGGCCUGGCCGGUUCUCUGCCCUCUCUAGUUCUAAGUACCCAUUAGCUGUUAAAUUCAACGGUGUCCCUGCACGUGUCUAUUUGUCUAGUUCUCCUCCUCCUUUAUCAUCAAGUGGACGUUCUGACGACCUCUCAAGCAUCUUAUCUGUAAUCGCUGAUGCUGAGCAAUUUAUAUAUGUGUCUGUGAUGGACUACCUUCCCAUGUCACAGUUCACAGAGCCUGUCCGGUUCUGGCCUGCCAUCGACUCUGCACUCCGUGAGGCUGCUUGUGCAAGAGGUGUUGAGGUGAAACUGUUGGUCAGUUGUUGGAGUCACUCUCCUGGUGCCAUGUUUUUCUUCCUACAGUCUCUAUCAGUCCUCAACAAGCCUCCUCUGAGCUGCAACAUUCAUACUAAAAUUUUUGAAGUGCCCUCAACACGAGAGGAGAAGAGGAUUCCGUUUGCACGUGUCAACCAUGCCAAGUACAUGGUGACUGAUCAUGUUGUUUACAUUGGCACAUCGAACUGGUCUGAGAACUAUUUCACCCAGACAGCAGGGGUUGGGCUUGUGGUGAAUCAGACAGGCGCUGCAGUAGGGCUGGGCCAGCAAACCGUUCAAAGCCAAUUACAUAAGAUUUUCCAAAGGGACUGGGAUUCAGAAUAUGCCCAGACCCUCACAGAUGAUCAUGUAGAACAUUGCAGUGGUAAAAAGCUUACAUAAUAUACCAUUCUCUUUAUUUGUUAUGUUGCUAAGCCAUCUUGUUCAAAUAAUGAAAACAUCAACAACCAGGAACCCAUUCAAGCACCCUUACCUGCGGCAUUUGUGCCUACUGAUAAAUUAUUCAUACUGUACAUAUUUGGGAAAUGACACGGAUGCUGUGCAUUUUUAAUGUUUGUUAAGAUACAGUUUUUUUUUUUUUUUGCAUCAAGUGGAUUUUCUGUGCUUUUAUUGUAUAUUUGCAUUAUGUGACAUUUGCCAGAAUAAGGAAAAGGUCCUUGAGCAAGCACUGAUUUAUGAUGUUAAUGAUGCUGAAUUUGACACGUGCAUGUAAAUGAAAUAUUGUUAUUAAGCCACCUUAAUAGGUGCUUUGGCUGUAAAACUGUGUAUUAGAAAUAAAACUGUACUUUUGAGUAAA